CGAAGUUUAAUCAGAGAUAAAAAAAAUGAUACCUUUAUAUAAAUACAGGCCACAAUUAGUUUCAUUUAGUGCUUCGUUCACGGCCACUUGUUUUAUUUUGGUUUUGUUUCCAAAAUGAAGGUUCUGCUUUUGGUGGCGUUGUUGAGCGCUUUGAGUGCAGUUUAUGCGAGCAAAAAGGUUGUGAUCUGCUACUAUGGCACUUGGGCGGUAAACAGACCAGGUUUGGGCAAGUUCGGCGUGGAAGACAUAAACCCGUACCUUUGCACUCACAUCAUAUACGCAUUCGCGGGCAUAGACACAAAUGGAACUGUUAUACCUCUUGAUGUAGAACUUGAUAUUAAUAUGGGUAACUACAGAAAUUUCACCGAUCUGAAAAAGAAAAAUCCCAAACUUAAACCUAUGUUGGCUGUCGGAGGCUGGGCUGAAGGAUCAGCAAAAUAUUCCGAAAUGGCGGCUGAUCCAGUUAAACGACAAAACUUCAUCCAGAGCGCUCUUGAUAUCAUAUUUGAGUACGAUUUUGAAGGCUUCGACUUGGAUUGGGAAUAUCCCAAUCGUCGAGACACAGUCCACGGUGUCGAUGACAUAGAAAACUUUUCACAACUCGUGAAAGAAAUGAGGGAAGAAUUUGAUGAAUAUGGCCUGAUAUUGACAGCGGCUGUAUCUUCCGUCGAAGCAUCAGCAUCACAGUCUUAUAAUGUAUCAGCUAUAUCGCAGUACUUACAUUAUGUGAAUUUAAUGACAUAUGAUAUGUACGGUCCUUGGGAGACACUCACGGGUCAUAAUGCCGGUCUCCAUAAAGGAGACUUUGACGGAUCUACCCCAAGAGAACAGUUGUUCACUGCUGAUGUGGCGGUAGAGUAUUGGCUGAGAGAAGGCUGCCCACCAGAAAAGCUAGCACUUGGGGUACCUUUCUACGGCCACUCUUUUAAAUUGCAAUCUGAAACCAAUUCCGAUGUUAGGGCUCCAUCAAAUGGCGCUGGUAUCGCUGGUCCUUAUACUGGUGAAGCCGGCUUUGUUGGGUACAACGAGGCGGGGGAACGGGGGAGGAUACCCUACAGCCGGCUGCAAGUAACAAUACAGUUCAUAAAUUCUAAUCUCGGUUCUCGCUACAGAGGUUCAAAAACUCUCGGGGACACUCAACGCGCUGUUGCUUUUGAAGCAUUCUGUGCCAUGCUUAAAUCGGAUCCAUCCUGGUCGAUUCGAAAGGAUCAUCUGGCCAAAGUGCCUUAUGCUGUCAAAGGCUUAGACUGGGUGUCCUACGACAAUCCCAGAUCCAUAAGAGAUAAAGUGAAAUAUGCCUUAAAAAAGAAGUUAGCUGGAAUCAUGAUAUGGAGUAUUGAGACUGAUGACUUCCACAACGUUUGCGGUGGAGGAGCAUACACUCUCCUGAAAGUUAUCAAUAACGCUUUGUAUAAAAAGCCUUGCCUUUAGAAUGAUGCACGGUAGCGGCACUAAAAAUUAAUCAACAGGUCCGAGUUAGAAAGAAACAUCUGAGAAAUCCAUAUUAGACUAACUACCAAAUAAAAUUAUAACAAACAUUUUCCCUCUCAAAUCUCUUGCAACUUCUUUGCAGGAGGACAAGAUUGUUUCCAAUUGUGGUAUUUGUACUGGUAUUAGUGGUAGUGGUAGUGUGGUAUAUAGAUGAGUUAAUGACUUCCCCAUUUAUUUAAUCAGAAGAAUAAAAAUCAAUUGUACCCAGA